ACUACUACAUCUACUAAUACUACUACAUCUACUAAUACUGCAUCUACUACUAAUUACUACAUCUACUACUGCUACAUCUACUACUGCUAUUACUGCUUCUACCACCACUACUGCUACUGCUACAUCUACUACUGCUACUGCUGCUACUGCUACUACUACUACUACUACUGCUACUACUACUGCUACAUCCACUAAUACUACACCACUGCUACUACUACUGCUACUGCUACAACUGCUUCUACUACCACUAAUACUGCUGCUGCUACUGCUUUUUCUGCACUACUACUACUACUACAACUGCUACUUCUACCACUAAUACUGCUGCUGCUACUGCUUCCGCUACUUUAACUACUGUAUCAUACUUGUUAUUUACUCAUUCUACAUCAGUUUUACCGUUUGUACCUGUAAAAACCUUUUGUUGCCAUAGAAACAAACAGAUAAAAAUAUCUUCUUCAACCUUUGACCUUUGUCACUUCUUCAGGAUGCCCUGCCCUCACCUCUCCCUAACUCUCUGGGUGUAGUUGCUGGUUGGGGAAUUUCCAACAUCAAUGCCUCCUCCCCCUCUGGUGACCCCCCCAUGCUGACCUCUGACCUUGGGAUGACCUCUGAUCUUCUGCAGUACGUGAAGCUGCCGGUGGUUUCUCAGGACGAGUGUCAGGCGAGCUAUACCUCACGCUCUGUCAGCUACAACAUCACGGACAACAUGUUCUGCGCCGGCUUCUUCGAGGGUGGGCGGGACACCUGCCUGGGGGACAGCGGGGGGGCGUUUGUAAUGGAGGAUGGGGUCAGCCGGAGGUGGGUGGUGUUUGGCUUGGUGUCCUGGGGCGGGCCGGAGGAGUGUGGGAGUCAGAGGGUGUAUGGAGUCUACACCCGAGUGGAGAAGUAUGUGGAGUGGAUACAGACGCAGCUCCAGGCUGCCCCCUGGUGGUAAAACAGACAUCAUGCUGCCCCCUGGUGGUAAAACAGACAUCAUGCUGCCCACCAAACACCUGAACUCCAUUUUCUAUCCCAGAAUGCUUUGCUACACUCCAUUUUGUGUUUUAUGUGUGACCUCCUGCCUCUGACAGGCAGAAAUCAGUUUAUUAUUACAGAUUAUUAGAUGUUUAAAAGACAUGUAUUUUGAUCCUGCUAUCUCUGUACUGACAUCAUAUCUUAUACAUAUCUUAUACUGUACAUAUCUUAAACAAUCUGUCACUGGGUUAUUUUAUUUUAUUUUGCACUCUGAUGUAUGAAUUAUAUGAAAAGUCUUAUGAAAGAACUGAAAUAAAAACUUCUU